AUGCACAAGACACUUACUUGUCUCUUGGUAAUCUCUCUCUUCUUUGCUGCACUUGUUUUGGCACAUAAUGGUGAAGACCAUUCAUUGCCAAAACCAAAUCUUCCAGCAGAAAACAAUAUUCCUUCAAAGAAACCUUUCAAGCCAACUCGUAUUAGACGUUAUUACAUUCAAGCUGAAAGAGUUGAGUGGAAUUAUGGACCUUAUGGAAAGGAUAUGUUCAUGGGAAUGGAAUUUGGAGUCAAUCAUCGUCCAUCUGCCACAACCAUUGGUCUUAAAUAUUUGAAGGCAAAGUAUAUCGAGUAUACUGACAAGACUUUUACCACAAAGAAGGAACAAGCUCCACAUUUGGGAAUUGUUGGUCCAAUUAUUAGAGGAGAAGUUGGUGAACAAAUUAGAGUUUUGUUUAGAAACAAGUUGGAAUUCCCAGCUGGUAUCCAUCCUCAUGGUGUUCAAUAUGAUAAGUUAUCAGAAGGAGCUGCCUACGUAGAUAAUGAUAAGGAUAUGUCAUUUGCUAGUCCUGGAACUGGUGAUGCUGUACCUGCUGGUGCUAGUUUCGAAUAUAUUUUCAAUGUUCCUGAUCGUGCAGGUCCACUUGAAGACAGUCCAUUGAGUUCAAUUCCUUGGAUGUAUCACUCACAUGCUUUGGAUGAACCAGCAGAAACUCAAGCUGGUUUGAUUGGUUUCAUUGUUAUUACUAAAAAAGGUUAUGCUAGAAAGGAUGGUUCUCCAAAGGAUGUUGAUAGAGAAUUCUUUGUUCUUCCAAAGAUUUUCAACGAACAAACCAGUUUCUACUUGGAUCAAAACAUUCAAAAGUAUUUGAAUGCAACUGGUACAUUGACAGAAGCUCAAUACAAGGCAUUCAAAGCUGGUUCAUUAACUGCCAGUAAUCAAAAGGAUUCAAUCAAUGGAUACAUGAGUAUUAACAAUAUUGGUGGAUUCUCUAUGUGUGAAGGUGAAAGAGUCAGAUGGUAUGCAGGAACUAUUGGUAACUUUGAUUUGCAUCCAGUUCACUGGCAUGGUAUUGUUGGAUUGGAAGAUGGUAUCAGAAGAGUAGAUACAGUUUUCGUAGCUCCAGGUAUUGCCAGAGCUUUGGAUGUUGAAGUUGACAAUACUGGUAACUGGUUAUUCCAUUGUCACAUUGAUAACCAUCACAUGGAUGGUAUGGUUGACAUUUUCAAGGUUUAUCACAAAGAUUCUGAAUUUUGCAAGAAGAAGGAAGAAUGUGAUAAGAAUGAAAAGAAGGAAAAGAAGAGAGGAAAGAGACACCACAAGAAACCAAAGAAACAUCACAAGAAACAUUACUAAGCUCUAUAUUUUGAGCGCACAGUUUACUGUUUCAAUGUAACAUAUUCACAAAAUAAAUUGGAAAUUUAC